AUGACCGACAAUCGUGUCCCGAUCAACUACCAGACACCGGCGUUUCCAUCGCUCUAUGAUCCCUUUCCGCGACCAAAUGCUGCCGUCUACUACUUAUACUAUACCCGGGACAUUUGGCGGUUCACGCUCUACUGGACCCUGAUAUUCUACCUGGCGAGCCAUUUGUCGGUGGCCACUUGGGCCCUUGCGAUGCAGGGCCGGAGCUGGCGGAUUUGUAUUGCAAUUCCACUAGUGUACGGUAUUAUAGCAGGAUUGGAGGCGCUUCUAGCUGGGAGUAUUAUCGGCUUGGUUCUGGGAUCCGUUUACGAGGCGGGUAAUUUUAGGAUGUCGACGUGGAUUCCCAUGAUAUGGGGUGGCAUCAACAUGUUGGUCCUUAUUUUAUCGAGCUUUCCAAUGCAAGGUGGACUGUAA